AAUGAAUUUGUCGGAUAUUGGCAUUUUAGUUGAACGAAAGUUCAGGGAUUCAAAGAAAAAAAGUAAUAAAAGAAAAGCUGCUUCCGAACCUCAAAAUGAAGAAGCUACUGCAAAGAAAAUUAAGAUGCCUGACUUAAAAACUACUAUCACCAUUGAAGAUGCCACGGAAGAAGAAAGAAACAACUUUGAAGACCAUAAAAAAUCGCUACCAAUUUUCGCUGUAAAACAGAAACUUAUAAAAAGGAUGAAAGAGGAAAAUAGACUAGUUGUAAUCGGUGAAACGGGUAGUGGUAAAACAACCCAAAUUCCUCAAUACAUAUACAAUGAUAUCCUUAAUGGCAAAGGAAAGAUCGCAAUAACUCAACCGAGAAGAGUUGCUGCAAUUAGCGUAGCCGAAAGAGUUGCUUUGGAAAUGAAUACCCCGAUUGGAAAUGAAGUUGGGUAUUGUGUCAGAUUUGAAGAAAGUUUCUCUCCAGCAACCAAAAUUCUAUAUAUGACUGAUGGUAUGCUAAUGAGACAUGCCACACUCAAUCGUUUGUUAACCCAGUAUUCUUAUAUAAUAAUCGAUGAGGCCCAUGAAAGGACUGUCCAUACAGACGUUUUACUUUCUAUCAUAAAAAAGGCACAAAAGGAGCGCCAAAAGCGCCACAUCGAAGACUUAAAGAUUAUAAUAAUGUCAGCUACAAUGGAUGUUGGAAAACUAUCUGAAUACUUUGAUAAAUGUCCUAUAUUAUACAUAGAAGGUCGUCUACAUCCCAUUUCAAUUAAAUUUACAGAAGAUAAAAUUGAUGAUUAUUUAUUUGCUUGCCUAACAACUGUUAUGCAAAUUCAUUCCAAGGCUCCCCCACAACAUGACGUCUUAGUCUUCUUAACAGGUCAAGAUGAAAUAGAGAAUUUUGUACGAUCUCUAAGACAAAUGGGUAAAAAUUGUAAGACUGAUAUUGACCUAACAGUGUUGCCUAUGUACGCUGCGCUUCCUUUUGCCCUGCAGAAAAGAGUUUUUGAGGAUACUCCAAAGAAUACCAGAAAAGUUAUCGUAGCAACAAAUAUUGCUGAAACAUCAAUUACUAUAAGCGGUAUAAAGUACGUUGUAGACAGUGGAAUGGUUAAGGCAAAAUUACAUAAGCCAUCUAGUGGUUUGGACAUUCUGACAGUCGUUCGUAUUUCACAAUCUCAAGCUUGGCAGCGUUCUGGAAGGGCUGGCCGUCAAUCUGCUGGAACAUGUUAUAGAGUCUAUGAUAAAAAUACUUUCGAUUUAAUGCCAGCAAAUUCCAUACCCGAAAUUCUUAGAUGCAAUAUUGCGAGUGUAACUCUGCAAUUGUUAUCAUUAGGCAUAAAAAAUACUCUGACUUUCGAUUUUGUUGAUAAGCCAUCAGAAGAAAGUCUAAAUUCGGCAGUUGAUCAAUUAUCAUGGCUCCAAGCUAUUGAAAAGGACAAGGGGAAUGAAUUACAUCUAACAGAGAUAGGCAAAAGAAUGGCUGCUUUUCCUUUAGAUCCAAGACUCGGGCGAGUGUUGUUGGCCGCAGAAAAAAAUGGUUGUCUAGAGGAGAUACUGACUGUUGUGUCGAUGUUAAGUGCUGAUUCUGUCAUGCUGAUUAGUGCUGACCAGAGAGAAAAAGCCGAAGCUGUCAGAAGAAAAUUCCAGUCCGUUGAAGGAGAUCAUAUAACAUUAUUAAACGUUUAUAAGAGUUACAAGGGUUCGAAAAAAAAUAAAGUUUGGUGCAAAGAAAACUUUAUCAAUCAUCGUAAUAUGAAGAUAGUUAUUCAAAUACGCAAGCAGCUGCGAAAGAUUUGCAUUGAUCAAAAUAUGACAAUUAAAUCUUGCGGUGAAGAUCGAAGUUUAGUACGAAAGAGUCUAGUACAUGGGCUUUUCAUGAAUGCUGCUCAACUUCAUUCGGAUGGUCUUUACUCAACAAUUAUGGACCGUAAAAUGGUAAAUAUUCAUCCAUCGUCUGUUCUCUUUCGAUCAAAACCCGGUUACGUAAUUUAUAGUGAACUGGUGCAGACUAAUAAAUGCUAUAUCAGAGAUCUUUCUCUUAUUGAUCCUCAGUGGUUAUUCGAAAUAUCUCCGGAAUUCGUGAGCAAACGAUUAAUUCGCCAGUAG